AUGGCAGCUGUCGCUACCCCUCGCGCUCCGACGCCGCGACCGAAAGCCCCCGCGACCGUCAGCUUCUUGAACGACCCGGCCGCGGCCGUUCCUACACCUUUGGCCACCCCCGUCGCCGAACGAAACCGCCCUCCGCUACAGACCAAUCCUUCCGCUCGCCGAUCUGCUCGACCUACUCCUACAGACUACCUCUCCGACAAAGCAACCGCCGCCUUCAUCCGCCGUGUCCUGUGCUCCAAGCACCUCGCCGAAAGGGGGAGGGCAACCCCAUCCCCGAUCGAGGAACUACUACCACCCCUGACCAGCCGAAACGAUGUCGAUCUUCAGCUAUACGCACUCAUAUCUGUGAUUCUAAGGGAAUACGUACAAGUGUGGUACAGCAAAAUCACACCCGAUGACACAUUUGUAGACGAAAUAGUCCAAAUAAUCGCCCAUUGUACAAGGGCCCUGGAGCAGAGACUCCGAAAGGUCGAUCUAGAAAGCCUUUUGUUUGACGAGCUUCCCGAUUUACUGGAUAGACAUAUCCUCGGUGGGUCAAGACCCUACCGCGCGGCGCAUGAUCCGGUGUCUCGACCACCAACCGAAAUAGACCCACGAGAAGUCUAUCACUCGCUAUGCCCUUUGGCUCCUUUGACGCCCAUACCUCGCCCCGGAGACCCCUCGUCUAUUGCGAGACAGCAAGAGAACGAGACGCUUUAUCGUCAGCUAUUAGUGCAGGGCGUCCUGGCUGUUCUCCUACCAACCGAAGACCUCGAAAACGAUUGCCUGACCUCUCUGGUUGGCCAAAUCUUCUCCGAGCUCAUCGUUGGCAACGUCCUCGCCAAUCGUCUUUCGCAACCAUGGCUCAUUUACGAAAUAUUUAUCAUCCUCACCAGACUUCUCGACAGGAAAGCAUCAGAGCCUAUCGAAGAGGGGGUGGCGGAGGCGUUGCAGGCCGGGUCAACAUCCGCCCUCCCCAGGCCUGUUCGUCGCAGUUGGUCCAUCCAAGGCGCGUUCUGGUCGCUCGUACAAUGGUCAUUUCUCGCUUUCUCGACUAUCCGCUUCCUCGUCGUCACUCUCGCAAUGUCUUCAUCCCUGCCACCAAGGUCAGACGGCGAGCUGAAUGAAAAGGACCAAGUGACUGGUCAAAUAUCGCAUUCGAAGAUGUUGAAUCCUCCAGCUAGCUCGAACGAAGUUCAGCCUGUCAAAACGCCCAUUGCUGCCUUCAAGCUAUGGAGUUGCGUAGCAGAUCUGAUCGAAAUGGACUCUCGCAUGCCUUGGUUGAGCGGAAUCAUGUCACUUUUCCAGCUCGGGGCAAUGAGCGGCCCAGGACGCAUUGCUGGUCUCAAUGGAGCCAUGGACAGGCUCAUUUCGCACACCAUUCACCAACGUCUUCUCGACGCCGCAUACCUGCCAACCGUUCUCCGCUCCAUCCGCGCCGCUCUCUUCCCCAACAACGCCCCCGGCGUCUCGACCUUGGUGGCCCCCUCAUCCGACGAGCAGCUGCGUGCCUUACGCCGCAGGUGCGCUAGCGCCAUGCUAGCCAGCAUCCCGCCUUGGUUGACUGGUCUGUAUCUUGGCGGGCGAGGCCUUGGCUUCCGGUGGCGGUCCGGACCGGAUUCAAGGGCUGGUGCUGGUGAUGAUGCUGCUGCUGCUUUGGCCAUGAGCGAGAGCGAGGCCGAUGUUCCUGGCAGGGGUGGUGCCACUAACGAUAACAGGACUAACGAUUUAGGAAAUGGAAGUAAAGGGGACGAGGACGAGAAUCAGCAGCGAAUGCUGGCCGAGAUCGAAGAGGGCAUACUCGAUAUCUUCUCAGACGAAUACUGCAACAAGCACUUGGUGUACAGCAUCUUGGAGCUGAUUCUGGUGAGGCUGAUGCCGGAGCUGGCAGAGAAGGGCGUCGUUGAGCUCUGGGAGGAGCGUCUGAGCCUGUGA